CGGCGGCGGGGUCGCCGCGGGUCGCGAGGGGCCGCCGGCCUCCCCGUCUCCCAGGCGGCGGCCCGUCCUGUCCCAGCGCGGGCCGCGGGCAGGAGGGAGAGCUCGGGCGCCUGCCAGGCCCUGCAGGUGGCCGGGUUGCAGGCCGCGGAGCGGAGCGGUAACCUUACCCCUUGGCGACAGCAGCUGGUCGGUUUCUCGAGGCCCGGGCUCCCCGUGGCCGAAGGGGCCGGGUUUGGGGCGGCCAAAGCCUCGGGGAGGCGCGUCUCGGGCCGGAAUCUGUGCGGAGUGGCGGAUAUGGCUCGUGGACAGCAGAAGAUUCAGUCGCAGCAGAAAAAUGCCAAAAAGCAAGCUGGACAAAAGAAGAAACAAGGACAUGACCAAAAGGCUGCUGCCAAAGCUGCCUUAAUAUAUACCUGCACUGUCUGUAGGACACAAAUGCCAGACCCUAAGACCUUCAAGCAGCACUUUGAAAGCAAGCAUCCUAAGACUCCACUUCCUCCAGAAUUGGCUGAUGUUCAGGCAUAAAGUUGUUUACAGGUGAAUUCACGACACCUUUGGCUCUUCUACUGUCUCAGACCUUAGGUAACAAACCUGCAGCUGCUUUUCUAACAAACUGUUGAUCAGCAAAAAUAAAGGGGCUACAGAAACACUCAUUUUUAUGCUGUUCCCUUUUGGGCUUCAUGCAAAGACAAUUCUGUGUAAAUGUACAGUUGACUCUGAUUUGGAAAUCUGAAAAUCAGUCCAUCCUUGUUAUAAAAAAUUUUUUUACAAUUGUAAUUAUAUUGAUGUUCAUAUUGUGUAAAAUAACUCAUUUAAUAAAGUAGUACUUUGAUUUUACAACAUCA